GAAAUAUUUAGAUUUCGACUUUCGGCUGGCGACUUAGAAGAAUCAAAAGUUGAAUACACUCGGUAUAAUAAUGAACUAACUACCAUCAGCAGAUUUUACGCCGAAGCAUUAGCAUUUGGCAAACAAGUAUCAAAAUGGAAAAAUGAUUUCAAGAAAAGUCAAUUGUAUUAUUUAUUGGAUCAGAAACCUGAGUACACCAACUACUCUUCAAACCGUCGUAUACCUGAUUCUUUAUCUGUUCUUGCUUAUUAUGCAAAAGGAACUCGAACUCCACCCCACCAAAUCAUUGAAAACAAGCUAUCUCUCAAUCCUCAAAAAUCCCAAACAGGGAAAGCAUCUGUAGAGCUUCUGCUGAGAUAUUUCGGAGAAUUUGUUCCGCUUUUCGAAAAAUACAAAGAACAAGAAAAACAUAAUGUGUACUCUUGCGCCAACGACGAUGUUAUGGACAUCCGAGAUGACAGUGGUUUCGCGAAAUUUUUGCCAAUCGAUCAAUAUACGAAAAGAAAUGCCGUGCUACCGGAAUCUUGUUGUAGAAUUAUAGAGGAAUAUUAUAUGGAGUCAUUAACUGAAGGCGGUCCAAAGAAAAUCAUUUCUGAUUGGGUUCGCAUCAUAAAUGCGUUGAUUUUAGACAAAGUUGAAGAUACUGAGGAGGUGAAGAGACUUAAAAAAAUCGAAUCAUUCCUUAAACCUGUUCCGGACAUUAGUGCUCCAGAAAGUACUGAACAUCACUAUUGGUCAGAUUUCGGACAUCAUUUUUCUCUAAGGCUUUGCAAGAAUUUGCAGGACUGGAUUGACGAGCGUAAAUUUAGGUUUAAAUAG